GACAUUGUCGAUGUCCGCCACCUGCUCUUCUUUAAGCUCCUCCACUCAUAGUUUCGGCACUAUCGACAAGCAUGAAAGUAUUCUAUGGCUCAGUUAUAAAUCCAGAUAACUUGACACUAUAUAAAGCAAGUUCCAACUCGCUUCUGGCAGUAAAUUCCGAAGGCAAUAUAGAAUGGAUCGUACACGACAUUCAAGACUUUAUGGUUCAGGAAACAUUGCUCCAACAUGGAUGUGUUGACGUUGAAUUAGUGGCCCUCAAAGACGGACAGUUUAUCAUGCCAGGCUUCAUUGAUACUCAUACGCAUGCGCCCCAGCUACCUAACAUUGGGACGUAUGUGACAACUGAAUUGCGUUAAGCCCUAUACCACUGCUAAUUCUGCCCACUGAAGAGGAGCUCAGUAUGAACUUCUGGACUGGCUGAAUACCAUAACUUUCCCUAUGGAGGCCAAGUUCGCUGAUAACAGCUUCGCCGAGUCCGCGUAUCCAGGUGUCGUUCGCCGUACAAUCAACACAGGGACGACCACCUGCUGUUACUAUGGCUCGCUUCAUCUGGGUUCUACCAAGGUUCUAGCGGAUGUAGUGCACUCUUUAGGUCAGCGAGCCUUUGUCGGGAAAUGCAAUAUGGACCGUAAUUCUCCGUCGUAUUACAAAGAAGAGAGCCCUGAAACUUCUCUUCGCGACACCAAGUCCCUCAUCGCAUAUAUCAACACACUAGACGCAGGUCCUGCCGGCAUUCCGCUGGUUCGUCCGAUUAUAACACCACGCUUCGCAAUUUCUUGCAGUAACCCGCUAUUAGCGGAGCUUGGAAAACUCGCGUCCUCAGACCCUUCCUUACAUAUUCAGACGCACAUAUCCGAGAACAAGUCGGAAGUAACGUUCACGAAGAGUCUGUUCCCUGAAUGCAACUCAUACGCAGCUGUAUACGACUCAUUCAAGUUACUUCGUCGAAAUACGAUUUUGGCGCAUGCCGUACAUCUCGAAGACGGAGAAAUAGAUCUGAUUAAAGAGAGAGAUGCGGGCAUCAGUCAUUGCCCGACUAGCAACUUCCAUUUGAAUAGCGGUGUAGCACCAGUCGGGAAAUACCUAGAUAAAGGCAUCAAGGUUGGUCUGGGUACGGACGUCUCGGGAGGCUACUCGCCUUCCAUGUUAAAUGCGAUCCGAAAUGCUAGUAUCGCGUCGAAAAUUUGCGUGAUGCAAGCAGACGAUAGUAAGUCUUCGGGACAGUACAAGGAUAAACAGCUUUCUGUCGCUUCUUUGUUGUACCUUGCGACACUUGGCGGUGCUCGAGUAUGUGAUCUGGAAGACCGGGUGGGGUCUUUUGCUCCAGGAAAAUGCUUCGACGCGUUGAUAGUUGAUGUGAGGAACGUUACCGGAAAUCCUUGCCUUUGGGGUGUGGAUGUGGGACCAGAAAUGACUACGAGUCUUGAUACAAUGUUGGAGAGGUUCAUCUUUUGUGGAGAUGAUAGAAACAUUUCGUCGGUGUACGUACAAGGAAGGCGCAUCGGAGGUGCGAGUCGCUAGGCUGUAUGCAUGAUGAUGGCUACAUAUAUGUAUAAUUUGUUUUACAUUAUAAU